CACGUCCGCUGCCUGGAGUGCUCCGUGUGCCGCACGUCGCUGCGCCAGCAGCACAGCUGCUACAUCAAGAACAAGGAGAUCUUCUGCAAGAUGGACUACUUCAGCUCCGCCUGCUUCUCCUGCAAGCGGCAGCUCUCCACGGGCGAGGAGUUCGGCCUCGUUGAGGAGAAGGUGCUGUGCCGCAUCCACUACGACACCAUGAUCGAGAACCUCAAGCGAGCGGCGGAAAACGACCCCGACGCGCAGACGCUGCAGAAGCUCGCGGACAUGACGGGGCUCAGCCGCAGGGUCAUCCAGGUUUGGUUUCAAAACUGCCGAGCACGCCAUAAAAAACACACACCGCAGCACACGGUGCCGCCCUCGGGCGCGCCGCCGUCCCGCAUCCCCUCCUCGCUCCCCGAUGACAUCCACUAUUCCCCAUUCAGCAGCCCGGAGAGGGCCAGGAUGGUGACCCUGCACGGCUACAUAGAAAGUCAGGUACAGUGCGGGCAAGUGCACUGCAGGCUGCCCUACAGCGCGCCGCCCGUGCACCUCAAGGCCGACAUGGAGGGGCCGCUCUCCAACAGGGGGGAGAAGGUCAUCCUCUUUCAGUACUGACUGCGCGAACUCUUCCUCAUCUGUCCAUGACGCUACCAGCACUACUGCCCCUCAGUCGUUGACAUGCAGUGUCCAGUCCAAGGCAACUGUGAUCCGUCAUGCAGGAGAAACUCAAAUCCAUCAUUCUCAGUUGUUUCCAUUGACCAGCAUCCAACAGCCACUAUUAUUUCUCCAGCGACACUCUGUGUAUGUGUGUUUUGAGUGCACAGUUACAUUUUUCACUUGUUUCUUGUGGACUUGUAGAAUGACAGUGAGUCUCUCCAAGGCAAUGCCAAACGCAGUCGAAAUUAGUGACUCUACUGUGCUUACAAUCUUGCUUCCGAAGUCACGGGAAUAUGG